AUGCCCCAACAGCAGCAGCCCCAACAACAGCAUAUCCCCCAGACACCAUCACAAUCGCAGUUUAGCAAUGUCGGCCAAUCGCCAUAUGCGCAACAACAGGUCGCAGCACCCGCACAGCCCCAGUUCGCCGGCGCUGGUGCAGCACAGCCAAGCACGACUGCAGACGAUGUAGGCACUUUCAAUGGAGGAAGUUACCGCGUGAGCCACCGCGAUACGAACACCAUCUUGACCGUGCAAUUGGCAAUCGGAUGUCCUUUCACUGCGAAGCCUGGCGCCAUGAUCGCAAUGUCCCCCACCAUAACCCUUAAGGGCCAAAUCAAAUUCAGCCUGAAAAAAGCCCUCAUGGGCGGCGACAUGACCAAGUCCUCCUACACCGGUCCCGGUGAACUUCUCCUCGCGCCCGCCGCUAUUGGCGAUAUUACCAUCAUCAAGCUCGGCGGCCACGAGCAGUGGAGCGUGGGCAAAGACGCGUUCCUCGCAUGCACGCAGGGCAUUGUGAGCGAAUACAAGAGCCAGGGCAUCGGCAAAGCCAUGUUCAGCGGCGAGGGGCUUUUCGUGUAUAAGAUCAGUGGCCAGGGGAUUUUAUGGUGUACGAGCUUUGGCGCGAUUAUUCGGAAGGAUUUGCAAAAAGACGAGAAAUACAUCAUCGACAACGGUCACCUCGUUGCUUGGAACUGCAAGUACGUGCUCGAGCGCGUGGCGUCGGGCGGGAUCUUGUCGAAUAUACACGCGGCUGAGGGGCUGGUGUACGAGAAAUGCGCAGGCGUUUUCGGCUUGGUUGGCGGCGAAUGCGGCGCCGGCUAUGUAGUAGAUUAA